UCUUCCGUUUCUUCCUCUCGUACCAUCUCUUGCUUUCCCAUUUUCUGAAUUCCCAGAUACCAGAUUCAUUCACAAACCGUCAAAAUGGUCAAGGCUGUCGCUGUUCUCCGUGGAGACUCCAAGAUCUCCGGCACUGUCACCUUUGAGCAGGCCGAUGAGAACACCCCCACCACCAUCUCCUGGAACAUCACUGGCCACGACGCCAACGCUGAGCGUGGCUUCCACGUUCAUCAGUUUGGUGACAACACCAACGGCUGCACCUCCGCCGGCCCUCACUUCAACCCUUUCGGCAAGACCCACGGUGCCCCCGAGGACUCCGAGCGCCACGUCGGUGACUUGGGUAACUUCAAGACCGAUGCUGAGGGUAACGCCGUCGGCUCCAAGCAGGACAAGCUUGUGAAGCUCAUCGGUGCCGAGAGCGUCCUGGGCCGUACCCUGGUCGUCCACGCCGGCACUGAUGACCUCGGCAAGGGUGGUAACGAGGAGUCCAAGAAGACCGGUAACGCUGGUCCCCGCCCUGCUUGCGGUGUCAUCGGGAUUGCCGCGUAAAUGCAUUUAGCAAGAAUGAUGAUGUGGUCAAUUCAGGAUGCAAAAGACUGACCCAGAAUGGAAGUAGU